AUGGAGACGCUGUCUAAGUUAUUAGAUGAAUUCACUUGCGCUUUGGUCGACCCGCUAAGAACCGACAGUGACACAAGAAAUACGUUUAAAAGCUGUUUCGAUUAUGUGGUGAAUAAAGCUAUUGAUACGGAGCAGAAGAAGGUAUGAUAAAUAUCGACAAAAAUAGUGGCUCAGAGUAAAGAGUUUUGCGAAACAAAAUUUUGACGUUACCGGUAACCAGUAUAACUUCAUGCCACUUCCUCGGCCAUAUGAGCUUAUCGGGCACGUUGUUGUCCUUUCUAAAGUACUAUGUCAGUGUAGUACUUCCUGGUUUAGUGUUGGAUCAAGGUAUGACCUGCAUCAUUGAAUAACGUACACAACGCAAGUGUCGGAUCCUGGUGUUCAUAACCCAGCACACUUUACUCACUGACAAAAACAGUGAGUGAAGAAAAGCUGACUGUUUAGAACGUGUGACGUCAUGUGGAAAUUAUCGAUAUCGAUAAGGGAAUUGACUAUAAUUGACUCAAAGUAGCUUAAGAUAUUUAGCGUUCAUUAUUUGCUCCACCCGUUUGCUUAAUAAUGGUGACUGAACUGAGUUGAGUACAAUUUGGUCUGAAAUCAUACGCGCGAUUUUAAAAUCGGACAAGCGCGCAGUGCGAGUUCGAUUUGAAACCACAAGUAUGAUUUUAGACCAAAAGUGCACGACAAGAAAUUCAAGUACCACUUUAUUACAGCCAUUUUGAAAUCGCAGAAUUCAGCGGUCAGUACCAAUAUUUAUUUGACCAAGUAGCCGGUUUGUUGAAAAGCGGAAACAAAAAGACUUUUACAUCUCAUUUUGUACCCGGAACAGGAAUGAUGCAAUAUAGAGAGGAAAUCUUUCGUUUUAAAACAGAAAUAACGUGAUUUUGAACAUGAAUGACUCGAUCUAGAACAGAGGUGAUUUAGACCAAAGUAGUGCGAAUCACACGGCCGAGAGCCAAUCAGAUUACAGGGAUCACCAGCGAUUUCGAAAUGGAUAUAAUAAAUAGACAAAUACUACAUAAUUUAGGCUGCUUCUCCCUGUCAGUCAUUUUUAACAAUAUUGACUGGUUAGCUCAGUUGUUUGAGUACCCGAGACAUUAGAAGACACAGCGUGACCAUACCAACUCAGGAUCAUAUAGCCUGGGACCAGGCUCCGAAUUGGGGCAAAAAGGAAAAAAAUCGGCGAGCGAAGCGAGCUUAGAGGUAGUCUGGGGAGGGGAAAGGGUAGCGGAGCCUCCGCCGCCAUUUCCCCCUUCCCAGACCACCGCUGGGCUCGCUUCGCUCGCCGAUAUUUUUCCUAUAUUUAUUUUUUGCCUUUUUCCCCACUGCGGAGCCUGUUUCCAGGCUAGGGUCAUAAAAAUAUCUAAGCAGAAGGUUUUGCCUUUCACAUCUGCCUAUGGUUAACUCUUUUUGGUCUUCUCGGAUAUAAACGAAAACCGUCUAAAAACAAAAAAACGCUCUUAAAUUGAGCGUCAAUAUCGUAAGAACGAAAGUGCUAAUUGAGGACACUUUUUUUAUGUCUCCUACUGGAAACAUCGGGUCUGGGGAUGGAAGCCAAAGGAUAAGUUUCUGAGAUAACAUCCAAACGAAGAGCUAUUUUGAUAGGACUGUCCCUUAAACUUGUUGCUUGUUUACGUUCUCUUUGCCAGUUUGUCUCUCAUCCCGUGGUUUUUAACUUGAUGACUUCAAAGUAUUACCGCUCAUUUACUUCAGAGCGGAAGAAGCCUUGGACAAGCCUCAAACGCUGGGGAUAUUUGUUUCUUAACGUCUGGACCGUGCUUGACAUGUUCUUCUUUCCUCUUUUCUUUGCCCUGUUCUCUGUCGUCCAUUUUGUUAACAAGAAGUUAAGAAAGACCACAGGUUAGUAACCAAAUCAUAGUUCGAGACCUAAGGGGUAGCUAUUCGAGAAGAAAUAUUCUGCUUGUGAUUCGCCAGGACACAUUCACCAGCCAAUCAGAAGCAAAUUCGAAUGUUUGGGGAACCAUAAGGCGCGGAUCCACACCACUUUCCACCGUUUUACGGAAAUCGGUCAGAUUUCUCAUAAUGAAUAUCUGACUUUUUUGAUUGUUAGUUUUUAUUUAUAUAUUUUUUACGGGAUAUUGCUGAAUACACUGCAGUAGAUAGACUGUCAUGAGUUUGUCACUGGCUAUUAACCUACCCCUCCCCCCCCCAAAAAAAAUGCUUUACAUAAUUUCCCACAAUUCUCUCUGUAUGUCAGUUUGAAAUCAUAGCUCGUAUAGAGACUGAACUCGACUCUCGUAGUGGGUUGUCUUAGAGUUUUUUUUGCCUGGCUUGAGCAAGUUUUCCGGCAGGCAUCAUUGAGCCUGUGAAGAAACAAGAUUAGCAAAGUCUGCUGCGUCCAACAUCUUCUCGUAUUUCGUCUCAUUUGGCUACACGGGUGAAAGACUGAUUCCGGGCUUGAGACGGAAAGAUUAGAUAUUGCGAGCUUUGCUGUUGGCCGUAAAACCGUCCUUGGCCUCACAAAGUUGGUUCUAGAGGUGAAAUCUAUUCAGCUAGAUGGAAAUUGAUGCUGAUGUCUGACCGGGCCAAAGACUUAGUUAAAAAUUUUUUGAAGGCAAGGGCUCUUCUCUUCAACCGCUAGUUUACAUCCGGGAUCUUGAAUAAAUCGUGUGAGUCGGGAAAAGUUUCUACGCGACGAUUUAUGUGGAGGAAGGGGGAGUUUAUCGGAGUAAUUUGACAAUGUUUCGCCCGUGUUAAAUGUGGAAAUAUUAUGAGUGGUUUUCGGAAGUGUUGUGAUUGCCACGAAAGUCAUUUAUUGUGUGAUUUAUCGAAGACGUUGACAGACAAAACUCAGGAAUGCUGUUGAGCUCGUGUUACCAGAAUUCUUUGUGCCAAGCAUAAAAAAGCUUCGUGAGUGUUUAGUGUAGGUGAUUUUGUCUUAGAAAGCCUAUUCCGCGCUCAAAGGUCGGCAGACACUUAGCUAUGGGCCUCAUGCUUUGACUGACUAAAAGGUUAUAAUUUCUGGACGUUUCAAAUGUUACCUAUUUCGCAAAAUCCUGUUACUUCUGCGAGAGAAAUUUACCGUCUGCUGCCAGCAAUAAAGUUGUCAUUGUUAAGCCUUAGUUAGUGACUCUCAAAUGCUUUAAAUUCGACUUAGAUGUCAAAUUGUUAAAAUGCACUUGAAAUUUAUUUAGCCACGUUUCAGCGAAUCUAGACAGAUAAUUUUCAAUUAAAAAAAAUUUUCCAUGUUGAAAUAUGGAAAAUGGUUUCAACAAUAGUAAAUAUCCUGUCCGAAUUACUCAGAAACCCAGGAAAAGGGACUUUUGGCAGUUAAAGUCCAAAAAUUUUCCCGGGGAAGCAUGCCUCAGCACACCACUAGAAGCUUGCGCUUUCGGUGCUUGUUUAGGAAAUCGGUCAGUAUUUAUCCUAGAUCAGCGCCUGAAUAUUUCGCUAAGAGUAGGUCAGCUCAAGAGCUCUCCCCUGUUUUGAAGGAGUCAUUACUAUAAAUUUUCUCGGGUUACUUUAAAACCGUAAAAACACAUUGGAAUCAAGGAAAAUUCUGAAAUAAUUAGAAAAUCAGUUUUAUUUUAAAUUGCUCUGCUACUAUACUUCAAAUAUAAGUUUAACAUGUCUUUGGCUUUCGAUGGUCAAGAUGGAAAUGAUUACACAACUUGAAAAAAAAUUGGGCCAAUUUUUUCCCCUUUUUAACUCCUGUGUUGUCGAAAAAUUACCAAAAACUAAUAAUGCUUUAUGUACCCUUGAUAAAAAUCACUUGAUAGCUUUAUUUUAGAGAUCCAAGUUUGAGAAAGAAUAUCUGAGAAUACUUGUCUAUAAUUUCAGCUCAGCUUUGACCAAACAAUGUUGAACUCAUGACGAUACAGCUCCUUUAUAAAAUAAAACCUUACAAAGAUUUCGUUGGGAGAUGAUCCCGCCCCAGUCAGCUCCCCCUGGACUCAGUUGUCGAAAGAUGGUUAAUUUUAACCUAGGAUUAAACCAAAUUUUGAGUAAGGUCUUCUUCUCUAAGAACACGCAACUCAAGCUUACAAAACACUGCUGAGCCUUAACUCCUUGAAACAGUUAUGUAAUGAUAUCACAAAAUGUCACUCUAAAUAAUACAUAGGAAGGGAAACUCCAAAAAUGGAAAAAACCGGGAACAGGAACCGGGCAGUGGUCCUUAAAAGCCUAAAUUUUGUCACCCACGUUAAUACUUAAAUUCAUUUUCAUUUUGAUUUCAAUAUUGUAACGAAAGAAUUUUUGUUUAUCGGGUUUCGGUUGACGCGCUCCAUUUGUUUUAGAGACAAAGGUUGUACUGUUGUUUCCUUGUAGAAACUGAGAUUUGCUUCAUUGUGGCGAUGACCAAAGAUCUCAAAGAAGCCGUGCGUACUGAAGAAGUCUUUAACUUGAUUAAGAAGACAAUCCGCUACACGAUCCACGAACAUGGCUUCCACUUUACUAAAUACAGUUUUAUUCUUCGUGAAGAGGACAACGCCCUCCGUGUUAUCAACGGUGAAAAUGCAAUACUUGACAGGGUGGAAUCAUUAAAGAAAUCAGACUUUCCCCCUCGGCUCUAUGAAGACCUCCGUGAGGCUUGUGAUGCCUUCAAAAGCGCAGGUGAUCCUCUCGCAACAAAAAAGGUGAGGUGAAAACAUAAGGUCAGAAGAUUCACUUAAUUUUGAACCGGGGGGUUACUCCCUUAUAUAAGUUAUAUAGGUAUUUGCCGCCCCCUCGGGUAGGGUUUCCGCUCCUUUUUGGUCUGAAAACAAGAAUAGAUUGUGCCCGUUUUGGUCUGGAAUCGAGUAUAAAGUUAAAUGUGCGAAUUCUAAUUAAAUGGAUUUGAAGAAUUUUUUGUUUGCGCUCUAAUUCAAGUAAUUCAAGUAAUUUCCGCCUAACGUUCAGGUCUGAAAACAGGUGUGGAAAAUGAUAUUUUUUGGUCUGAAAUAGGGUCAGGGUUCGAAGAACCGGGCGGCACACCCCAACAAGAAUUCCCAGGAGUACCCCCCGGAAUUUUGAAACAUUUCAAAUCGUUUCGAAAACACACUGAGACAGCUCACCACGAAUCGAGACAAAUGUUCAAAACUUGUAGUGACUUAGAUUAACUUAGAAUACCAUAAAAACAGCCCUAGUGUCGAAAUAAAUAAAGCGCGCACGAGAAAGGAAAAACUAUUAUAGAGCUAUUCAUGUACUGCCGAACUGUUUCGCUUGAAUAGUCCCACUGAGGAUAUUGUCCACAGACUCACUUUUUAAAAAAAGGGAAAGAAAGAAUAGUGAAUGUCUCAGUAAAAAAAAAUCAUAAAUUAAGAUAAUAGGUCACAUGGUCUCACAUGGAAGAAACAAAAACCCGGCACACGCACAUUUUAAUGAUGUGCUCGGGAUACUGUACAUAAUACACUAACAGAAGAUAGGCAAGUUAGUCAGCAGCUUCCGUUGUUUCCUGACCUUGUGCCCUUUUCAAAAGAAAGACAUUUCUUCUUAGAGGGUUGAUUGAUAAAGGGGAAUCAGAUAUACACGGAAUGUCUUUCAACCUGAGAUCAGGCGGAAUUUUAGCCACUCUCAUACGCCCUCUGUUACCUCGCCGUUGGAAUCUCCUUUACUUAAACCUGAUCUCUGGCUAUAUUUUUCGGCCGAGAAAUUUUUUUGGCCCGAGAUUCUUUGACACCUACGUACUGGAAGGCUCCGUUUGCUGAGUUAGACAACAGUAGUGUGCGUUACGUUUUCCUAAUUGUAAUUGACACGAGGAGCCGCAAGAGGUGAUAUUUUUGCACGGCAUCUGGCGGCACAUCAAAGAAUUUGGAAUUGAAGGGCAAAUUCCUAGAAUAUCUUCGCCAGUUAAGCUAGAGAAAAGGUGUUAAAAAACCUCAGGAUCCAAAACAACACGUCAAUCAAAAUAUCACUUGGACCUUUUCGCUAAUGAAGAGCUAUCACGCGGCUAAGCUUGAAUUAGACAUAUAUUGAAAUAGGAACUCGUGUCAAUAAAGUAUCUUAAGUGAGUGGGAAUCGCUCCUAGUUAAAAAACUGGUUCACGGGGAUAUGCAUGUCUUCUAGUUAAGAGAAGGGGAUCAGAACUGCUUUUCAUGCAGGAACAGGUUUUCUUCGGGCUAACUACAAAACUUCAGCUUAUUUCACUCCUUGACAUUGUCAAAGCGCAUUUUGUAAAGAUAACUUUUUCCGCUUUAUCAGCUUUUUUUAUAUUAUAUUCCAUUAAUGUUUAACCUCCCUCAAAAAGCCAAAUAAUAUAAAUGCUGUUGUUAAAAAAAGUUAAGCGUUUUACCUGUUUUCGUGAAUUCGCUACCCAAAGAUCACUAUGCUCAAAGGACAGGGCAAAAUUUCCAGGAGAGAGGCAUUAAUUUUUUUCCCACGAGAUUACGAAGAGAAAAUGCAAUGAUUAUUAUUGUAACCAUCAGGUAUACUCUACCCACGAGGUUACGGACAGCAAAUGCAGCGAUUAUUUUUAAUGUAACCAUCAGGUAUGUUCUACCCACGAGGUUACAAAGAGAAAAUUCAAUGAUUAUUAUUAACGUAACCUUCAGGUAUGUUCUACCCACGAGGUUACAGAGAGCAAAUGCAGUGAUUAAUAUUAUUAUUAAAUGUAACCGUCAGGUAUAUUCUACCCACGAGGUUACAAAGGGGAAAAUGCAAUGAUUAUUAUUAACGUAACCUUCAGGUAUGUUCUACCCACGAGGUUACAGAGAGCAAAUGCAGUGAUUAUUAUUAAAUGUAACCGUCAGGUAUAUUCUACCCACGAGGUUACGGAGAGCAAAUGCAGUGAUAUUAUUAAUGUAACCAUCAGGUAUCUUCUACCCACGAGGUUACAAAGAGAAAGUGCAAUGAUUAUUAUUAACGUAACCUUCAGGUAUGUUCUACCCACGAGGUUACAGAGAGCAAAAGCAGUGAUUAUUAUUUUAAAUGUAACCAUCAGGUAUGUUCUACCCACGAGGUUACAAAGAGAAAAUGCAAUGAUUAUCAUUAACGUAACCUUCGGGUAUGUUCUACCCACGAGGUUACAGAGAGCAAAUGCAGUGAUUAUUAUUAAUGUAACCAUCGGGUAUGUUCUACCCACGAGGUUACAGAGAGCAUGCAAAUGCAGUAACAAUUAUUAGAUUUUAGUGCAACUAUCAGGUUGAGUUCCUCCAUUAAAAGAGUUUUUUGCUAGGGUUAAACAAGUUUGGCUUUCAUGAGUUUCAAGGUGCAAGAAAUUAUCAGUACAAUUAUAGCACACAAACAUUGUCAUCUAAUUUUUCGCACGUAGCCGGAAUAAGCCAAGAAAUGAAGCAUAUAUAACGAAGCAUCGUCCUCAGAUGAUCUCCAUAUUAAGUAAAUGAUACUAAACGUUGCGAAAGAAAUUAUUGUUUGUAUCCGUCCUAUCCAUCGUAAAAGCGAGGGGUCAUCGCAUGACAUCCGGUAUAUUAAACAGAGGUAAUACUCACGGGUUUCACGAGUUGUAUGCAAUAUUUUUCGCCGAGAAACAAAUUUAAACUUCAAUUCUUACCUUACAGUAGUCCGUUCUUUUACCUUGCAUUCGACAACAAAUCUGUUAAAGGCGAACAAAGCGAUUCCGGCACUCUUCUUUAUGAUGAGUAGCAAGCCGCAGGAACUGAAGCCGCUUGACUGAAGUAAAAUCCACCGAUAUGCGCGGCAUUCUCACUACAAAUAUAAACAAACGUCGCGGAGAAAAAAAGACGAGGAGGAAAAAAUGCCAGAUCUUCGCCUCGGCAAUGUAUUCCAGCUACCAUGCCGGCGUAUCUCUAGAAGGUGGACUCGACGUGGGACAAACCUUAUGAUCUUUUUUUAGAAGCCCUUUGCGCGCAAACUAAUUUAUUCUGGCGCGAAAUGAAGAAUAUGUAUACUGAAAUCUAAUCCACAACAAGAAGAUUUUCGCACUGUAGCGCGACAUAUUAAAUGCCUAUUUUUACAAGUACGCGGAGAAAGUGGUCCACUAGUUUAACUUUUUUAAGAUGAAUUUACUCCACAAAAGCAAAAUGAAAUGUUUUAUCUCUAUGUUGUUUACGUGCCUGAUUAGAAGGCAGAAGUAAAUUCAUCAUCAGACCCCAUCAAAAUGAAAGUACACGAAUAAACCGGAAUAAGUCUGGGACGGUUUAGUUUCUACUCAGCAGCUUCUUUGCUUUUAUAACAAAAAUUUAAUGUUGCAGUCUGUUUUAAACGUUGGCAUAUCAACGCGCACAGUCACUGAAUGAAAACAACAGUCACGAUCACGUUCUUCGAAACCGACCAGACGCGCGCGACCUACCACUGUUAUGGUAAGCAAUUAUCCUGAAGGUGUUAAUGUUCCCGUGACAGUCUUCGCACUAAAGGUGUAAAUGGUAAACCGAACGGUCGCUUUGAUCACCAGAAAGACCUGUCAACUUUGAUGAUUUAACUGAUUAAAUUACGGGACAGAAAUUUUACUGCAUGCGGCUCCUCGUGAUUUGUCUUCCCGUUUUAGAUACUUGUGGUCUUCACAAAUGACACACUAAGUAAAGUUUGUCCUGGGUAUCGAAAUCUCAGUGUUGUUGUCUGUGAGUUAAAUGAGAAGUGGGGGGUCAAAAUUGUCCCCAUUGGCAUUGGAGAGAAGGUCAACCCAUCAGAACUUAGAAAUAUUUCCGGAAAAAAUACAACCACCGCUCACUUUGGGGAAUACGAGGCACCGAAAACAUUAGGAAAAACUAUUAUACACGGUAAAAAUAUUUUUCUCAAUUCCUCUUUCCCAAUUUAUAAGUAAAUAAUGGAAGUCCGUUUCUACAAAAAGGAUUGUCCUUUGUAUUAGGAAUCACAUUACUGCAACUAAAUUGCUUUGGAGAGUAGAAUUUAUUAAGCAUUUUGAAGGCCUGUCAACCAAGUUGCAGGGAUGUGCUACUUCUAAAUCGUAAUUUAUUUAUUAUUUAUUUAUUUUCUGGUUUAUUUUAUCCAACAACCGUGCAAUACUCAUAAACAGUUCUUCCUCGAGAUGAUUUUGUAUCGACGAAAAAUCUCUCAUCAGCACGUUAAAAAAACGUCUUACAGCAAACAGCACACGCAGUAAAAUAGCUUGAAAAAAUUAUGGGUCACCUGGCUACCGUAUCCCAGUUUGCCCGUCGCCUUUUGUAUGUUAUUGAGCUUCUCUAUCAAUUAACCUGUUAGUUCCUAAGAUCAAGAUUUGAAUUCUCAUUUGCUGCCGCUAUUCAUUUCCUACAGAUGCAGUGGGAAGAAGUUGAUAAAAUAUCACGAAAAUUCGUCUUGUGUGAUCAUGUCUUUAUUUCUUAUGACCAAUCUGUUUUACAAAGCAUUGAUAUUACAAGGAGAAAUUUGAUGCUGAUCACUCUUAGGGCUAAAAGGUUUAAACUUCCUCUAAGGAGACAUAACAUGAGAUAUAAUGAAUCUGAACUGUGGUUUUCCCCAUGACAGGAGCUGAUGGAAAGGACAUCUAUGGUAGGAAUUACUACUGUUUUUAUAAGCUUCAAAUAGAAUGUCAGAUCAGAUGGCCUGUUUUUCUUAGUGCAUGCCAGAAGCCCUUUAGCAACCUUUUAUCAAGAGAGUUACAUCCUUUAUUAUUAUGGGUUUAAUUUCUGUCGCCAGUCAAAGGUCUAGCUGCUUGUUGUUCUGUCAGUACACAGGCGGCCCAAGCUCACUACAGGAACGCGGACGUGACUCUUGGUUGCGAGCGGUGUUGUGUUACAAACGGUUAUUUACAAGGGCUUGUAUGGGAUGUAAACGGUUUUUCUUAAAAGAGAGAAAAAAAUGUUAUUUUUUUUAAUAAAAUCGACUUACCUUAUUGUCUUGUUGUAUUCUUUGUUGUUUGCCCGCGUCUCAGGCCGUUUUGAAGGGUUUUCGGCAAGUUAACGCUAUUUUGGUGUUCCACUGCUAAGAGAAAGACAAUGCAGAGCCGUGAUUUCCGGAGUGUCCGUCGCUCGAGGCGAAUAAUUCCGCUGGAAAAUUAUCCCCGGCCUCAAUUCUCCCAGGAAUUCAAAGCAGAGAUGUUGCAGCUCUAUGUCCAUUCAGUCGAUUCGCAGUUUCUCCCACAGAUCGUUCACUAGUGAUGCUUUUAUUUUUUGCUCGACCGGCUUCCAAAUUUCGAACUAGGCUCUUCCAAACUGCCUUGGACCCGUUCACCGAUCGCAUAGUAUGUCGGGUAACUAAAAUAAGCCCUGCGAGGGUAGCCAGCAGGGCUUACGGUUUGUUUGUUUGUUUGUCGACUGCCGGCCGCUGGAAUACAACAAGGCAAUAAGGUAUAAGUCGAUUUUAUUUAAAAACAUAACAUUUUUCCUCUCUUUUAAGAAAAACCGUUUACAUACCAUACAACCCUUUGUAAAUAACUGUUUGUAACACAACACCGCUAGCAAGCAAGAGUCACGUCCGCGUUCCUGUAGUGAGCUUGGGCCACCUGUGGUCAGUAUAGCUGCAAGCAAGAUAUGUAAUGACAUGGCAUAUAUUUCUAGUAAAAUGGCAAAACAAAUGUAAAUAGUUUUGAAUACAGUAACGAAAACUGCGACUAAGGACCUGGUUUUUAAGAACUUGCUAGGCUAAAAUUUGCCAGUUAAGCCCCCUUUUAUAGAAGAACCUGUUUAGCCUAAAUUUGAAACAGGUUCGUAUUUUCUACAAUCUAUAGAAAAAAUUCUGUACACUUGGGCAAAAGGGCUUCAAAAUUCAAGUGGUCGGUGCUUCAGUCCUUCUUCUCAUAACAAUAUAAAUUUAUUAGGCAGAUUUUAUAUAACGAAUAAGCUGAAUACCACUAAAUACUCAUAGCCACCAUGCUUUUGUUUUCUUCCAGUCUGACUGGGUCCAAAGUCGCGGGGCGCGGGUCCAAUGUCGCGGUCGAGGGUCCAAAGUCGCGGUCGCAGGUCCAAUGUCGCGGUCGCGUGUCCAUUAGUCAAACUCGUUUUCUUCACAAAAUAAGAACCUAUUUAAGAACCUAAAUUGCCUAAAUUUGUGCUAAUUACCAUUUAUGUAAGAACCUGGUUAGGCUAGCUAAUGGGCUAACUUAGUUACGGGCUUGUACUCUAUAAGUUAAAGAGAAUGGAUGGCUAUAAAGGGUCAUAAAGGUGAAAGAGAGGAGAGAAGAUAUCGAUCGACUGUGGGAAGUUGUUUCCUUGGUAAUGAUUAUCUCGGUAACGACCAAACUAAAUCAACUGACCAAAAUCAUGCAUGAAAAAUUUGCAUUUUAUCAGAGGGUAUAAAACAUUGGGCCCUAUUUUUUGACGUAAUUGAAGCAAAACGUGACGUCAUGCUGGUGGUGACGUCCUUUGGUGAUGGUGACGUCAUGUUGAUGUCGUGCUAGUGAGCUUUCCUUUCUACCUCCCUUUCAGUCGAAGUUUUGUGUCCAUGACAGUCUGAUCUUUUCCCUUUUACAGAUCUAUAUCUGGAUUAUUUCACAACUCCAUACUUCAUAUUCCUCCGUGAUUCUUUGAGCUACCUGACGCUUCUUGGCCUGAACUCUUACCUUUGUUUGACGCCUCCAACCAUUGCCUUCAGUCGGGUGGAAUGGGCCAUUUUCGUUUUCUUUGUUGCGCGUGUAUUGAUGGAGAUCGACCAAUUUAUGGACGCUAAAAUAGCUGAGAAAAAAGCAACAAAGCAAAGUUUGCUUCAUGGAUCGCCCUCCAAAAUUUUCCCAUCACCACCCGAAAAAAGGGAAACUGCCAAGAGUUCAUCAGCUAAUCUCCUUAAGUGGUUCUCCAAAUAUUUCAGGUACAUUCUGUCUCAAGCUGAAGAUGAGGGAGCAAAUAGAAAUCAACUGUGCAUGUUCUUCUCCACAGCAACAAAUGAUCCUGCAGCGGAUUUUUUUGAUGAAAAAAACACAGGGUGUUCGUUGACUCGCUUAGGGGUGUAAAUUACAGACUUUGGUCUCAAUUGGGGUGUUGAGGGCAGAACACGAUAUUUUUACUCAUAGAUGUAUCGCUUAGCGUUGUGCAUAAAGAAUUGUCUUAAAACAAACCAAAGGUCGUCGUACUGUUCUGAAUACAAAAUUCGAUUUCAACAUCUUUAGGACCAUGGAAUCACGUUCGCUCAUAUUUGUUUAUCUGUUCUGGUACAGUCUUCUUAAGGAGUCAAAUAAAGUCAUAACCAUGCCCAAAUUGGACAUCUUCAGGGAUUUUCCACCGACUAUCCCCGUCGCAUUCAAAUAGAGGUCGUUAUUUCCUCGUUUAAAAGUAAAACAGAUAUGUACAUGUCAAUGUUUCAUCAAGGGGGAAAGGAAAUCUUGGGUGCUUACUAUUUACACGCACCAUCUGGUCUAAAUUCUGGUUCACAAACACUUUCAUAAUGGAUUAAAUUUGUCCUCGUGAGAGAAAGACCCGUUGCAAAGUCUAUCGAAAUCAGCUGGAGAUACUAAAAAGAGCAGAAAAAUUUCAAAGACAAUAUUUUCUGGAGAUUCCAAAACGAAAUGGCUUCAACCAUUUGAUUUGCCAACCAAUUUUUUUGGUUUUCACAAAUAACAGUACGUUGUAACCUUAACUUAAGAGGCGACUCUGUCUACAUCCGGGAAUUCAACCGCGUCCCCAAGGCUUUUGGCCCCUAAGAAAAUGGAAGGGCAGGCAAAAGGUAUCCCAUGAAGCAACUGAGGUGUAUUGCUU